ACCCGUCUUCUUGCAGAACGAAGCCAUGCAGCAGUUAAGCUCGCAAAAUACCGCUAUUUCAUUGCUCCCAUUCGGCGGGUACCGAAUGAAAUUCUCUCGGAGAUCUUCUCAUUUACGUGUGCGGACAUGUCAGACAGUGUCGACAUCGUCAGUGGCGCACCAUGGGUCUUGAGCCAUGUGUGCAGCUUGUGGAGAUCGAUUUGCCUUUCCUCCCCCCGUCUCUGG